AUGGAGUUUGAUGAAGGCUACAGGAGGCGAAGGAAAAUCAUUAUCUUUGCAGCGACUGCUGUUGUUAUAGCAGUCGAUCAGUAUAUAAAAAAAUAUCUGAAGAAAGAGCCAUACCAUUGUGAACCCCUGCGUGGUAUUACUGAAACAGAGAGAAUUAUCAGUCACACUGAUAAAACAUGUCGAGAACAAAUAAGGUUAAGCAAUAGGGCUUUUUUUAGUUUAAGUCAUUUGAUUAGGGAGAAGGGUCUACUGAGGGAUAGUAGAUCUGUGCAAGUGAAUGAACAACUAGUUAUGUUUCUACAUACAGUAGGACACAAUGUUAAAAAUCGCGUCAUUGCACACAAGUUUGGACAUUCUGGUGAGACUGUCAGUAGGUACUUUAACAUUGUAUUGGGAGCAAUCAUUAAAUUGUACCCGAUACUAUUGAAACCUCCAAGUGUCGCAGUGCAUCAUCGGAUAACAAAUAAUGAAGGAAGAUUUUACCCUUAUUUCAAGGACUGCAUCGGAGCCAUAGAUGGGUCCCAUAUCCCUGCGUGGGUGCAUUUAAGCGACCAUCCGAGGUUCCGUGAUAGGAAGGGUGAUAUUUCCCAAAAUAUUCUUGUUGCCUGUGACUUUGACAUGAAAUAUACUUAUAUUCUUUCUGGUUGGGAAGGAUCAGCAUCAGAUGCUCGAAUCUUAGACAAUGCAUUACAUAGAGAGGGCGACGGAAAAUUGGUGUUGCCACGAGAGGAUGAAGAGGUUGAAGAAGCUAGUACUAGUACCCAAUCCACUUCUCACCAAGUAAACGAUGAUGUUGAAGAUGAUAGUUCUGAUGACGAGGAUCAUGCGCUGGAGAAUGGUGAUUGGGAUCUAUUUCGAGAACAAAUUGCUGACCAUAUGUGGGCUGAUUGGGUUGCAACCGAUUUGUCCAACUCAGAUUGA